AUGGCUGAUAACUCAUCUCCCCUUGCCCCAUAUUCUAAUGGUCAGGAGAUCGUGUUGAUCUCGUCUGAUACCGAGUCCACUCUGUCGGAAGGCGAGUUUACAGAUGAGAUGUCUGAUGACGACGCCACAGCGGACGGCUCCUCGGCUGAUGGCCGUUCCCCUCCUGAUCAAGCUGACCCAUACUCCUAUCAUGUCAUCUUCAUGGCCUCCUCGGAGGAAUCCGAUACCGACACUGAUUCUUCUGCUAGUGACGUCUCGGUGGAUGAAGCACCUGCAGCGCCUCCUCCCAGCCAUGUCGCCACAGAUGAUGAGCUCCGAGCGCUUGAGCAAGAGAUCUUUGACUACGACCCUUCAGUCGAUGGUUCUGGAUACACCACCGAUACCGACGCCGAUGCUGACUCGGAGAUGUCUGAUAUUCCCAUCGUUGCUGCGACCGUUUUCCGCACUCCGUCCCCGUCACUAGCUCCCCCAAUUCCUCUCAGCCCUCGCAACUUCCCACUCAACGAAAUCCGCGACCUCGAUGUCGAUGUGAUUCUCGAUCCUCGACUUCGAUACAACCCUUUCCGAUUCUUCCCCGUCCACACUCUGCCAGUGAUUCCUCCAGCCAAUCCGCCAUCUCUUCCGCGCCGAAUGUUUGAGUCUGUGUUUACCGACCUCGUCGAUCGCUUACGACACCUCCUCGCCAUGCUCAACUCUGGGCAGCCUAUCUAUCAUCAAAUUGAUGUGGUUGAAUUUACCCUCAACUCCGUCUGUGACUGGUUCUAUGUAUACCAGGCUUUCAAGUAAGUUUUUUCUUUUUUUCUUUUUUUUUUUUUUUUUUUUUUUUUCCUUUUGUG